AUGGACUCGGACCACGCCAUGGAGGACGCGCCCGCGCACUUCGCGCAGCAGAUCUCGGCCGCCGAGUACGAGCGCCAGGCCGUGGAGUUCACGACGCAGGAGGUGGAGCGCCUGAACGCGGCCGUGCGCGCGCAGCCGGAGCUCGGCGCGCGCUCCGAGUUCUUCCAGGAUGAGGAGAACGUGGCCAAGGGGCUGCCGGUCUUCCAGGGCAAGCACACGCGCUUCGUGUACGACGACGAGGACGACGAGAUUGUGGCGGCCGUGGACGUGACGCAGGCGGCGCUCAACAGCGGCCCCGUGGUGCGCACCGUCGCGCAGCUGGACGCCGACCUGGAGGACGACGACGAAGAGGAGGGAGAAGAGUACGAGGAGGGUGAAGAUGGAGAGGAAUAUUACGAAGAGGAGGAGCACGACGAGGCCGUGCAGAACCACUUCUACACUGCGCCCGACGAGGGCCACGUGGCCAUGGACGACGCGCACGUGAACGCGCUGAUGGAGGACGUGGAGAUGGAGAUGGCGGCCGUCGCCAUCGACGAGGAUAAGCUGCUGGCCGCGGCGGCCCAGCGGCAGUGA